AUGGCCUUGACGAACAAGCGCGGACUCAGCGUCCACAUAUCUCUUUUCAUCGCGCCAGAGAACGUGCCGAAAUUCUUCGAGGCGUUCAAGCCAGUCUUUGAGAAAACAGUGGCUGAGCCCGAGUGUCUCUUCAUUGAGGCAUACCAAGCAAGCGAUGACCCGGGGCACAUUCGUCUCGUCGAGAAUUGGGAUGCUUCAGUAGAGUUUCUGCAGGUACUUCCAUCUGGUAGGGAUGAGUUCAAGGAGUACUUCGCUUUCAUAGAGACCCUUUUUGUGAAGCCGCGUCGGAUCGAGGUAUUCAAUCCCCGUUACAGCCUGGAGGGCUUCUACGCCGCUCAAGAGUAG